AUGCUUGCCGAUGUACGCGAAAUGCAGCGUAAUAUUGAUUGUCAAAUUUGUCCAUGUGGAGAAUUCCAACAAAAAAAUAUUCAACCAAAACAAUUAUUGAAAAAGAUAACAGUCAAUGAUCCUCCGAUACCAUCACAUUUCGAUCCAUCAUUUGAAGCGUAUUCUAAUAGUAAAAUAUAUGGUGAAGAAUUAGCUAGACAAUACUCAUUAAUUGAAACUAUAAAUGUUAAAUUUAUUUGUGCAAGAUUCGGUUGGAUAAGUACAACCGAUGAUAUAACAUCUGAUUUGUAUGGUUGGUCAGAUAAAUCAUUAUGGUGUAGUCAUCGUGAUUUAUGUCAAUUUAUUAAUCGAGUAUUAGAGAAACAAUCGAUAUUGAAAAUGUUUGCAAUUUAUUUCGUUUGUUCAAAUAAUGAUUAUUGUUGGGUUGAUAUGGAUAAUUGCCGACAAGAUUAA